AGAGGCAACAACAAGUAUGUUGCAAAUUCUCAAAAUACCAAUGACAGUUUAGACAGGUUUAAUCUUAUAAAUGAUUAUCAUCGUACAGAUGAUAAUAACAAUUUUUAUCAUAAAUCUUUCUUGCAACCGG